GUGGGUGGUCGGGCCCGCUCACACUCCCUCCUUCCCCUUGUCGCCGGGUGUGCCGUGCUCCCUUCGUUCCUCUGUGCCACAGUGCCACAGUGCCAGUUCGUUAGAAGGGAGAAAUAAUCGUCCCUUCUACGAGGUCACUGUCACGGUAGAUAGAGGGAUAGACCGAGCUACAGAGAGAGCGAGAGAGGGGAUCUAUACGCCACAACCUUUGGACUGAAUAACAUACAGGGACUCUUGCAGUUGUAUCACAUCCGUGCGUGUGUGACUUUCUCACCCCCUCUCCCUCCCGUCACCCUCUUCCUGACCUUAAUCAAGAGAACCGGAACUCCCUUCCCACUUCCUCCUUUCUCAUCUCCUCUCCCUUCCCAAUUCCUCCUUUCUCAUCUCCUCUCCCUUCCCAAUUCCUCCUUUCUCAUCUCCUCUCCCUUUCUUCCUCCUCCUUUCUCAUCUCCUCUCCCUUUCUUCUUCCUCCUCCUUCUGUCCUUUUGUGUAUUGUCUCUUAGUUCCAGAUUUUUGAGUUUUUCCUCGGUUUUUUUUUCUUCUUCAUGUGAAGCUUUUUUAAUAUUACAGCUCUAAUAUCUAUCAUUCACUCCACGAAAUACUGAAUAAAUACACUUUUAUUUUACGUUUUUCGCUCUCUCUUCCAGCCCCUCUUCCAUAUGGUCUAUAGAAUCGCUCACUAAAACCUCCUUUCAUCUCGAGUUCUUGGGGUCUUGCCAGCCUUGGCGUUAAUAACGUAGUGCCUCUUUCGUUAUCAAUUAUCAGCUGUUUUCGUUAUACACUUCACAUUCUCUGAGAGAUAAAAGUUUCAUUAAUAUCAGUCUUCGUAUUUCCACUUAAUUGAUUUCAAAGGGCUGUUAAUUGCGUCUGAUUAUCAAGGAUUUCCUGCUUCCUAGACAACACAAAUCAAAAGGAAUUGUUAAACACAUCCGUGAAUGUCUCAUUGCGUGUCUUCUGUUUUCUUCGUCCCUCUGAUUACAUUAAUGUCUUGAUUCACCUACUGUCUUUUCAUCUAUACAAGUAAUUAUAAGAUAAUUUUCUUUUAGCUGUUAUAUCCUUGCUCCCUACGUUUAUUUUGGUUCGUUUUCCUUAUCAUGGUUCCUUUUCCUUUAAUUUUUCCCCUCUAUCUUUCUAAGUAAUGACUUUUUAACCUCCCUUUUCGUUUAUCCGCCGUUUAUCCCUUCCUGCUCUGCGAUCCUCGUCGAAUCUCUCCUCCUUCGUCUCCGCCACUUUACUCUGCAGCAUCCAUCCUCGCCUCUCCAUCUCUGCUCCCCAAACACCCACACGCCACCUGCAACUACUUCCCCUCCCUUUCUCAUAACUCCCCUCCCUUAUUCUCCACCCUCCCCCUUCCCUCUCUCCCUCCUCCCCCCAUAUCCCUUACCCACUCCUCCCUCUCCUUCCCUCACAGAGACGAAGAAGAGCCCUGCCAAAUUACAGCCAGUCUCUCCGAGUGCAGGAGUGGAUCUCCCGUGACGUCAUGUGAUACGAGAACGGGCCAGGAUGGGAUGCAAAGGAUCCAAGUCCAAGAAAAACGCCUACGCAAGGGUUGCCCAGUACCAGAAAGAAUCGUGGGCCGCAGAGCGCGCAGUGUGCCGCCCCCCUGAGCCCCUAGACUGGGGGUUGGCGCCCCCCCACUGCAUCACCCCCGCCACGCUCCACAACCUCCUGACGGAUGGCUUCUACGCGCCUUACGCCGCCAACCCGCGCUAUCUCCUAGUGGCGGACUGCCGCGCCCCCCGCGCCUUCACGCGGCGGCGUCUGGCGACGGCGCGCUGGCACGGCGCGCUCCACACGGCGCCGCCCCCGAAUCUCGUCAACACCAUCGUCCUGUACGACGACCGGCCGCGCUCGGGGCCCCCCGCGCCCGGCGACACGGAUCCCCUCGCCACCAUUUACCACGACCUCCGGCGUCAGAAGCUCGACCCGUUGGUUCUGCUUGGCGGCUGGUCGGUGCUGGAGGCCACGUGCCCGCACCUCCUCGAGGGGGGAGACGACCCCCCCACCCCUGAUCCCAUGCCCUGGUACCCGGCGCAGAUCCUGCCUGGCCUGCUCUACCUGGGCCAUGCGGAGAUGGCCACCGACCCGAGGGUGUUGUCGGCGCUGCGGGUGACGCACGUGGUGGACGUGACGGAGAGCCUGCCUCCGCGGGUGCUGCCCUCCAUGAACUACCUGGUCGUCCCGGUGCCCGAGGAGGAGGAGGAGCCAGAGCAGAGGACGCCCUCGUCCAACGGCAAGGACAAGGGAACCAACAACAACAACAAUAACAACAACAACAAGCGGAGCAGCAGCAACAACGGCACCGACCUCAUCACGUCCCUUCCGACCAUCCUGGCCUUCGUCGGCGAGGCGCGCACGUACGGCGGCUGCGUACUCGUCCACUGCGACCAGGGCCUGACCCGCGCCGCCGCCGUCGUCAUGGGCAUCCUCAUGUCGGAGCGGCGCUGCACCCUCGAGGACGCCUUCUACUACGUGAAGGGCGCGCGGUCGGCCGUCCACCCGCAUCCGGGCCUCCUGCACCAGCUCGCCAAGCACGAGACCGUCCUGUUCGGCGCGUCUCUCACGCAGGUGGAGGAACUCUUUUGACCUGCGCCCUCCCGCACCCGCAGAGCCCCCAGGCGCCGACCGCCUCCACGACAGGGCCUCCGACGACGAUUUUCAUGACGAUUUAUGUUACGUAGAGACUUUUAUACGGACAUUUACCUGAAGUCAAGCUCCAGUUACGAGAGUAGCGUGCACAUAUCGGCAGAAUCCUGCAGCCUUUUGAACUCCCUUGUCGCCACGGCCUUGGCAUGACUUGAACGAGUCGAUGACAUCUGCAACAAUGGCGCAACGGAGAUGGUACUUUGCUUCGUUGCACAUUCAGUGUCCUUUGUGAUGUCUCGUAUCAUACAUUUUGGGAAGCACCAAACCUUUUGGGAAAAAUUUUGGUCAUUCUUAGUGCAGCGUUGGGCGCUUAUGACGUCAUGCAAUUUUGAGUGCGUCUACUUACGUACCCCGAGUGACGUCAUAGUGAGAAUGGCCCUUUUGUAAUCGACCAUCUGGCGCUGAUGGUUAGUCGACUGUCUUUCAGAUUCUCUAAACAGACUUUCAUGUUGUUAGAAAUGAGAAACGAAAAAGAAAAGAGGAGGCGGAGUAUGAGGAUGUAAAUACCAUGAACCAAUAGCAACACAGGUUCGUCGACCACGUAGUCUUUUUAGAGGAUCAGGUAGCGUAGUACAGGCCUCCCUUAGGGUUGACAUAGGCCUACAUAGAUCAACAUCGUCAACAUAGCUAAUCCAGAGAGUGAUUUUUCAGAAUUUUCGCUAUUAUUACGCUUUGUGACGACGCUGUAUGAUUUCCCCGCCAGUUUUCACGAUUCUUAAGUAGAAAUCUCGAUGACCUUAAUUGUCGUAAGCUGCUUAUGUAAACUCUGUGAUCUAAAAAUCUGCCGACUGAAGAAAAGGAAAAUGCAUUGCUUCUUUUAUAUGAUAAACCCUCGCAUAUCGAGCUUUACAUAAAAAAAAAGUUAUUCAAACACGGUGGAAAUAAUAAAAGAUGGAUUUAUCCGAAACUAAAACAAAACCAAUAGUAAAGAAAAGGAUGAAAAAAUAUCCCUCACCCAAAGUAAACGUGCUUAAUGUCAAGAAUUUUUGUAUGAAAAAUAUUAGCAUUUUUCAGUCAUUAGCAUUAGCUGUGAAACUGCAUAAAUUUCCUAUAAUGAAUAUAAGAAA